CAUAAACUACCCGCCAAAUCUCUCUCUCUCUCUCUCUCUCUCUCUCUCUCUCUCUGUAACUGUGUAUCUUUACGGAGGAGGGUUUUGGAGGUUGGCUGUUGUUGCUAAGGAAUUUGCAUUAGAGGGCUUUGUCCAGUAGAACGGAGGAGGGUUUUGGAGGUUGGCUGUUGCUAAGGAAUUUGCAUUAGAGGGGUCCAGUAGAGAGAGAGAAAGAGAGAGAGCGAGCAUGGCAUGCACGAGAGUGCUGGUCUCCACCACACCACCACUCCAACCCAGCAGAAAAAAAUCCAAGGUAAACACUCCUACUUCCUGCUCUCUGGAUUACUCAUCUUCUUCAUCCACUCCAACUGGUACAACAACUGAACCUGAAACCCCAAAGAAAUUUAGCUACAGCAGGUCCUCUCCAUCCGUGAGAUGGCCCCACCUUAACCUCACCGACACCCAUCCCCACUCCCCUCCUUCCCAAUUCCCCUUUUCCCCUUCUCCACCGACCCGUGUCGUCGAUUCGGGCCCUCUUGUAAAUAAAAAAGAUUUAGAGGGUAGAGAGGAAACCCAGAAGGGGAAUAACAUAAAUGGUGAAACCUUAGAAGUGUUGGGUAGUAGUAGGCCUAGCAAGACUAGGGUAAAGAAAAUGACCAACAUGGCACUAAAAAGGGCUAAUGAUUGGCGACAGAGGGUUCAGUUUAUGAUAGUUAGGGUAUUAAGUUUGAAAUCAGAGGAGUUUGUGGGUGAUGUGUUGGAUGAUGGGACAGUGGAAAUGACGCUGGCAGAUUUCUGUUUCAUAGUGAAGUCGGUAGGGAGGUCGAGCUGGCAGCGUGCUAUGGAGGUUUACGAGUGGUUGAAUGUCCAGGAUUGGUACGCUCGUAAUCCCCGGAUGCUGGCAACUAUAUUGGGUGUUCUUGGGAAGGCCAAACAAGAGGCCUUAGCUGUGGAGAUUUUCUCUAGGGAGGGGUCCGGGGUGGGUAACACUGUCCAGGUUUACAAUGCAAUGAUGAGUGUUUAUGCUAGGACCGGUCGGUUCACUAAGGUUCAGGAACUUCUAGGUUUGAUGAGGGAGAGAGGGUGUGAGCCGGACCUUGUGAGCUUCAAUACUUUGAUAAAUGCUAGACUCAAGUCAGGGCCCAUGACGCCAAACUUGGCGAUUGAUCUUUUAGAUGAUGUGAGAAACUCUGGUAUUCGACCUGAUAUAGUAACUUACAAUACACUCAUUAGUGCUUGUUCAAGGGAAUCCAAUUUGAAGGAGGCGGUAAAGGUUUAUAAUGACAUGGAAACACACAAAUGCCAACCUGAUUUAUGGACUUAUAAUGCUAUGAUCUCAGUUUAUGGAAGAUGUGGUCUGUCUAGCGAGGCUGAGAGACUUUUUAAGGAAUUGGAGUCAAAAGGGUUCUUUCCGGAUGCAGUGACAUAUAAUUCUCUGCUCUAUGCAUUUGCAAGAGAAGGUAAUGUGAGCAAGGUACAAAAAAUCUGUGAAGAAAUGGUGAAUAAGGGGUUUGCAAAGGAUGAGAUGACUUAUAACACUAUGAUCCACAUGCAUGGGAAGAAUGGUCGGCCUGAUAUGGCUUUUCAACUCUAUAGAGACAUGCAACGGUCAAGCCGGAUUCCUGAUGUGGUGACAUAUACUGUUCUUGUAGAUUCACUAGGAAAAGCAAAUAUGAUGUCAGAGGCUGCUGAUGUGAUGUCAGAGAUGCUUAAGGCAGGUGUCAAGCCCACUUUAUGGACUUACAGUGCAUUAAUUUGUGGGUAUGCUAAAUCUGGAAAUCGGCUGGAGGCUGAAAAGACAUUUGAGCUCAUGCUUAGGUCUGGGAUUGAGCCAGAUCAUCUAGCCUAUUCAGUUAUGUUGGAUAUUCAUCUUAGGUCUAACAACACCACGAAGGCAAUGGCCUUAUAUCAUAAGAUGGUUUCUAAUGGUUUCACACCCGAUCGAGCCCUUUUUGAGGUUUUGCUCCUAGCACUGGGUAAAGAAAAUAAAGAGGAAGAUAUUCAAAAAGUGGUCAAAGAUAUGGAAGAAUGUGAGUUGGAUCUGCAAACCAUUUCUAGUAUCCUUGUCAAGGGGGAAUGCUAUGACUAUGUGGCUGAAUUUUUGAGAAAAGCUAUUUUGCAGGGUUAUGAUUUGGACCAUGAAAACCUACUGUCUGUUUCGAGUUCAUAUAGCUUGGCAGGAAGACAUUUAGAAGCACUACAAUUGCUGGAUUUCAUGAAAGAACAUGCACCCGGUUCCCACCAAUUGAUAACUGAAGCCGCAGUUGUUAUCCAUUGUAAGGCUUAUCAACUGGAUGCUGCCCUCGAAGAGUACAGUAAAACUAGGGGGUUGAGUAAAUUUCAUGCGAGUCCUUCCAUGUAUGAGUCCCUUAUUAAAUCCUGUGAGGAGACUGAACUGUUUGCUGAAGCUUCGCAGGUGUUUUCUGACAUGAGAUUUAAUGGAGUGGAAACUUCCCAGAAUCUUUGUGAAAGUAUGGUGCUUAUGUAUUGUAAAAUGGGCUUCCCAGAAACAGCUCAUCAUUUGAUCGAUCAAGCAGAAGAAAAGGGAAGCCAAUCUAGGACUGUUUCCCUUUAUGUAUGGCUCAUAGAGGCUUAUGGCAAGUUAAAGGUACUUGAGAAAGCAGAGAGUCUGGUGGGAAUUCUUAGACAGAGAUUCGGUGUAGUGGAUCGCAAGGCUUGGAAUGCCCUAAUAAAGGCUUAUGCUGCAAGCGGUUGCUAUGAGAAAGCAAGAGCUGCUUUUAAUACAAUGAUGAGAGAUGGUCCUUCCCCAAGCGUGGAAACCAUAAACGGUCUCUUUCAAGCUUUGAUUGUGGAUGGGAGAUUAGACGAACUCUAUGUGGUAAUCCAAGAAUUGCAAGAUAUGGGUUUUCAGAUUAGCAAGAGUUCUAUUCUUCUGAUGCUUGAUGCAUUUGCCCGAGCUGGGAACAUAUUUGAGGUGAAAAAGAUAUAUCACGGAAUGAAGGCCGCAGGUUAUUUUCCUUCCAUGCAUCUUUAUAGAGUUAUGAUUGCACUUUUGUCAAAGGGGAAAAGAGUAAAAGAUGUUGAAGCCAUGGUUUCUGAGAUGGAGGAAGCAGGAUUCAAGCCUGACCUUUCGAUAUGGAACUCUGUACUCAAGUUAUAUACAGAAACUGAGGAUUUUAAAAAGACAGUGAGAGUAUACCAGCAAAUUCAAGAAGCUGGACUUAAACCGGAUGAGGAGACAUACAAUACUUUAAUAUCGAUGUAUUGUAGGGACCGCAGACCAGAGGAAGGUCUGCAACUGAUGCAUGAAAUGAGAAGUCAAGGUUUGGACCCUAAGCUGGACACGUACAAAAACCUGAUUGCUGCAUUUGGAAAGCAGCAGAUGGUGGAACAAGCUGAAGAACUUUUUGAAGGAUUGAGAUUUAAAGGAUAUAAACUUGAUCGCUCGUUAUAUCACAUAAUGAUGAAAAUAUUUAGAAGCUCUGGUGACCUUUCUAAAGCUGAAAAGCUACUAAUCAUGAUGAAAGAAGCUGGAGUGGAGCCAACGAUUGCUACCAUGCAUUUGCUGAUGGUUUCGUAUGGCAGUUCUGGUCAUCCCACUGAAGCUGAGAAAGUGCUCAAUAAUUUGAAAUUAACGGGGGAAAAUCUUAUGUUGCUACCGUAUAGUACGCUCAUCGAUGCUUAUCUCAAGAAUGGAGAUUAUACUAUGGGAAUUCAAAAGCUUCAAGAGAUGAAGGGAGAAGGUCUAGAGCCAGAUCACAUGAUAUGGACUUCCUUCAUUAGGGCUUCAAGUUUAUCACAGAGCACAAACGAAGCCGUAAUUUUGUUAAAAGCUUUAGAAGAUGCUGGUUUUCAUCUUCCACUCAGGCUUCUGACAGAAAAAUCUGAGUCACUAGUCUUGGAGGUAGACCAGUGUCUUGCUAAACUGGAACAUAUAGAAGAUAAUGCAGCAUUUAACUUUGUAAAUGCUUUGGAAGAUCUGUUGUGGGCAUUUGAACUCCGAGCCACUGCUUCAUGGGUUUUUCAACUGGCAAUAAGGAGAAGCAUUUAUUGCCAUGACGUGUUCAGGGUAGCUGACAAGGACUGGGGAGCUGAUUUUAGGAAGUUGUCUGCUGGUGCAGCUCUUGUUGGUCUUACUUUAUGGCUUGAUCACAUGCAAGACGCAUCGCUGGAGGGUUUCCCAGAAUCUCCAAAAUCUGUUGGACUUGUAACGGGGACUUCGGAGUACAACAAGGUUUCCUUGAAUAGCACAUUGAAGGCAUACCUUUGGGAAAUGGGUUCACCGUUUCUGCCAAGUAAAACAAGGAGUGGGCUCCUUGUUGCAAAAGCACAUUCCCUUAGAAUGUGGUUGAAGGACUCGCCAUUUUGCUUAGACCUUGAGUUGAAAAACAGCCCCUACCUCCCCGAGGUAAACUCAAUGCAGCUAGUUGAAGGGUGUUUUAUGAGACGUGGCCUUGUUCCUGCUUUCAAGGACAUAAAUGAGAAGUUAGGGCAAGUGAAGCCAAAGAAAUUCGCAAGGCUGGCUUUGCUAUCGGAUACGAAAAGAAAAAAAGUUAUUCAAGCUGAUAUAGAUGGGAGGCAAGAGAAGUUGGCAAAGCUGAGAAAAAGGGGGGUCACUCAGAAGAAGAAGAUCAAUAAGUUUGGAAGGGGAAAAUCUGGCAGGAGGCCUAUGAUUUCAAAAUUUGCAGGGAGGAACUCAGAAAGAAAGGGCUGAGGUGCCUAAUUGAUUGGUGGUACUUCUACCUUGCUGAGUAUUACUGCUGAAGAUUAUCCAUUGGACCUCCGGAGGCUUAAUACCUAAAUUGACAAGAGUAUCUACUGAUACUGAAACUGUUAUUUUGGUGGUAGAACUUUCUGAGAGCAGCGCUUUGUGCACAUAUUUCUGAGAGCAGCAGUUUGUGCAUAAUUUAUGCAGCUGAGUAGUUUGAAUCAAGUUGCUCUCCCCUAAACGCAACGAUUUUCUGUGGUAUUUGCCUUUCUUGUAAGGAUACUGACACAUCUUUCUGAAGUUGUUGGAUUGAAUUUCUAGGAGCCACUGUCCUUUAGCUUUCAGCCUUUUCAUGUAAGACAGUUUGAUACAGUACUAAUGUGGACAAUACCAAUGUGACAGAGUUUAAGAUUUUAAUGGGUGUGAACCCAGUUCAUUCUAAUUCCCAUGUGGCAUGUAGGGUACUGAGCAAGAGAAAAUAAAAGGGCUUGUGUAGAACCAAAAUGUGGAGAGGCACAGCCGAACAAGAUUCUUUGUCGACGAAAUGUGGUUGAGAAGGCGGCAUAUUUCUACUUUGUGUUUCAUUGGACUGGAAAAUGUAAAUGAAGUUUAGUGAAAUGGAAAAGCUUUACAUCUCAA